UUAAAGGAUUUCAAUAUCAGUGAGGAAUGAGUAAGUAUUAUCCCAAACACGCCUAACCCUAGUUUCUGAAGGGAUUCAGCCGAGUAGAAACAGCCCACAUUAAGAUCGGCCUUGGCCAUUUCUGAUCCAAACCAACGAAUCUGAAACCAUGCCCGUGACCCACCAUAGUACCAAAUUUUCAAGAGAGAAACUGGAUCGCGAACCUUUUUUUUUUUUGUUUGUUUGGUUUUCCCGCGCGAUCCGCUGUUUGGUGGCGCCUUAAUAUUCAGUAAGUGAUUAACGAUUUGACGAAAGAAGAACCAGAUCAUAUCAAUGGAAGGAAGCCGGGAAAGCGAUUUGGAGAAGGAAGAAGAUGACGAUGCGACUGAGCUCUUGAGGGAUAGGUUCCGUCUAUCCGUCAUAUCCGUCGCCGAGUCAGAAGCGAAAACAAACGGCAUGGAGAUCUCUCAACCGGUCAUGGUAUGCAUAGCUGAUCUAGCUUUCAAAUUUACGGAGCAGUUGGCAAAAGAUCUCGCGUUAUUUUCACAGCAUGGAGGUCGCAAAUCUGCAAAUAUGGAAGAUGUCAUACUAUGUGCUCACAGGAACGAACAUCUGGCUUCCUCAUUGAGAUCCUUUUGCAAUGAGCUGAAGGGGAAAGAACCUCAAACUGAGAGGAAGCGGAGGAAAGCUUCAAGAAAGGAAGAUAAAACUACAUCUAAUGUACUUGAUAUCUCUUGAUGUGUAGAUCUGUUCUCACAAAGAAAGGUGUUCCGAAAAUAUGGAAACUUUCCUCUAUUUGUAGGGUGCAUAUUUUUUUUUCCCUGGUCGUUUUCUUUUAGUGGCAUUAAAAAUUGAUUUGCAUUAACCUAUUUGCUUUGUAGAACUAAAACAUGGAUAUAUGGUUAUGAUUUCUCUUCCUGUUGUAUAGAAUUUUGGUGUAUUGGUUAUUCAAUAAGAAUAUUUCCAAACAAUAAGAAAAUGUUCAUA